AUGGUGAUUAUUGUUGCCAGCUGCACAGCCGCAGGUUUUUCUCUAAUGACAAUAUUUGUUUGUGCUGUCAUAUGGAAAAGGCGCAAGAAAGAUGAGGGACUUCUCUUUGAUGUCAUACUUGGGACACCAAAGCGUUUCUCCUUCGAUGAGUUGAAGGUUGCUACUAGCAACUUUUCCAUGAAGUUGGGACAUGGCGGUUUUGGGUCGGUCUUCAAAGGCAGGAUAGGCAAGGAAACCAUUGCUGUCAAGCGCUUGGAGGGUGUCGAGCAAGGAACAGAAGAGUUCUUGGCAGAGGUCAAGACGAUUGGUAGAAUGCAUCACCGUAACCUUGUUAGGUUAGUAGGAUUUUGUGCUGAGAAAUCACAUAAACUCCUUGUCUACGACUACUUGUCAAACGGCUCACUGGAUAAAUGGAUUUUUCACACAAGCCCAGUUUUCACUCUUUCUUGGAGAACUAGGCGUAACAUCAUCAUUGCUGUUGCUAGGGGGUUGGCUUUCCUCCAUGAAGAAUGCAAGGAAAAGAUUGCACAUUUAGACAUCAAGCCACAAAACAUUCUCCUGGAUGAUGAAUUCAAUGCAAAGCUCUCAGAUUUCGGACUUUCGAAGAUGAUAAACAGGGACCAGAGCAAAGUAAUGACUCGAAUGCGAGGAACGCGUGGUUAUCUAGCACCCGAAUGGCUGGGCUCAAAAAUCACUGAGAAGGCUGACAUCUACAGCUUUGGGAUUGUGAUGAUCGAAAUCAUUUGCGGUCGAGAGAAUUUGGAUGAAUCGCAGCCCGAGGGGAGCGUCCACUUGAUAAGUCUGCUUCAAGAGAAGGCUAGGUCGGGUCAGCUAUCUGAUUUGGUGGACAGUACCAGCAAUGAUAUGAAAUUCCACAUGGAGGAGGUCAUGCAAACAAUGAAGCUUGCAAUGUGGUGCUUGCAGGUUGAUAGCAGCGCAAGGCCCUUGAUGUCCACAGUCGCCAAGGUUUUGGAAGGUGUGAAGAGCUUAGAUGCCACACCUGACUGCACUUUUGUUCCAAAUUUUGCAUCAAGCAACAUCGGCGUAGCGGAAUCAAGGUCUUCCUAUGUGCCCUGUGAGUCACAUUUAUCAGGGCCUAGGUGA